UUCAGUUGAACCGAUUAAGUUGUCACAUCGACUGUACCAAUAGAGUUUAUGGUACUUUUGUUUGCCUUUUUUCAAUAUUCAGUUAUCAUGCAUAUGUCGUUUAUUAAUUGAAACAUUGAUGAUGUUUUAGAUGCAAUGGGAUUGGUCCUAUACGUUUCACCAGUUGAGAAUAUUGGUGUGGAUUCAGUCAAGCGAGACGUAGCAAUAAUGGAUACAACCUGGACUGUUAUUAAAUUAACACUUUGGAAUGAUUUUGUGCACGUUCUUGAUGAAAAUCUUAAUCAUGUUGACAUUUGUCCAAUCAUUGUAGCAUGUGGUCUGCAUGUCAAGAGCUUCUAUGGUACAUAUCUUUCCACGGGAUACCACACUAGGGUUUAUGUUAACCCGGUUAAUGAAAAAACAACAUCCUUAUCUACAUGGUAUGUACAAUUUCGCCAAAUACAUGUACAACAUAACCUUAAGUAUUAUGCUCAUAACUUUUUUCACGUAUAGGUAUAAAUCGGAAAAACUGGCAAAUAUAAGGAGAGAUUGGUUUCGUUCGUCGACUUUUUCGUUAAAGUCUUCGAUUGACAUUUCUAACACUCCCCGUAUCCGAUUAUCUCAAUUCUCUAGCGUGAGAAAGGUAUCGUUUUUAACCUUGAAGUUUAAGUGUUGUCAACAAAAUACGAUAUUAUGUACUUAAUUGUCUAACUUUGCUUUUUUUUUUUGGUAGGUUCAAUACUGUCGAGUUGCUGCAUAUGCAUGUCGCGUUGAUAGUGUUGAUAACAUCAUAUAUGAGGCAUGCAAUCGUUGUCUUAAAAAGGUUGUCAUUUUUCAAGGACUACAAAAAUGUCAAUCCUGCAAUCUCACCAACACUGUAACUAUCCCAAGGUAAUUAUCUAAAUCUUUUUUAUACUUAAACACACAUUAUAUAUUGAUUUUUAUCUAUAUUAAUAAAUUGAUUUAAUUUCGUUUUAUAGGUUGCUUCUUCGACUUACCAUAUUUGAUAAAAGUGGUAAUUUGAAAGUCACAAUAUUACACGAUCUUGCACAACACCUCUUAGGUUGUUUAGCUACUGAAAUAAAAUCAGUACUUCAACAGGUUUCAAUCUAAUACUCUAACAACAUAAUUGUUUAAAAAAAAUUAACUCAUGUUGAUUUUACAUUUGAAUAUAUUUUUUAACGUUCAUGCAGCCUAAUGGACGUAAUCGAGUGAUGGAAAAAGUAUUUGCAUGCUUCGGAAACAAA